AUGGCGCCUGGCGGCGGGCGGCGGCGCAGCGGCGGCGGCGGCGGCGGCAGCGGGCCCGGGCCGGGCCCCGGGGGGGGCGGCGGCGGCGGGGGGGGGUUCCCGUUGCCGUCUCCUCCCCCGCUGCUGCCGCCGUUGCUGCUGCUGCUGGCACUGCCCAGCGGGGCCGUGCCGUCGGGGGACAGCGUGAUCCUGGGCAUGAGGCUGGAGGAGAGCACGAAGCCGCCGGCGGGAGCCCCGACCCGCGGCCCCAUCCGUGUGACGGAAGGCAGCGAGGUCUUGCUGCGGCUCUACGGGCGCGGCCUCGGGCCCCGCAUCGGCGAGCGGGUGGCGUUCGCCGAGCUGCUGAGCGCCGCCGGGAACUCCUCGGUGGCCAACGGCACCUGCCCGGAGCGCUCCCAGGACCUGCUGGUCCAGCCCGGCCCCACCGAGGCCAGCGACACCUCGGCGCUGCUGAGGGUCCGCGUCCAGCCCCUGCGCAAGGACGAGCAGGCCAAGACCUACGUGCUGUGCACCCAGCAGCAAGCCGGCCAAGCCUGGCUGCCCCACCAAGGCCCCGACGGCUGGAUCGUGGUGCUGGAGGAGAAGAAGUCGCUGCUGCCCCUCUGGCUGCAGGUGAUCCUGAUCGCCCUGCUGCUGGUGCUCUCGGGGAUGUUCAGCGGCCUCAACCUGGGGCUGAUGGCCCUGGACCCCAUGGAGCUGCGCAUCGUGCAGAACUGCGGCACCGAGAAGGAGAAGCGCUACGCCCGCAAGAUCGAGCCCAUCCGCCGUAAGGGGAACUACCUGCUCUGCUCCCUGCUGCUGGGGAACGUCUUGGUGAACACCACCCUCACCAUCCUCCUGGAUGACCUCAUCGGCUCCGGCAUCGGCGCCGUGGUCGCUUCCACCAUCGGCAUCGUCAUCUUCGGGGAGAUCGUGCCCCAGGCCCUCUGCUCCCGCCACGGCUUGGCCGUGGGCGCCAACACCAUCGUGGUCACCAAGUUCUUCAUGCUGGUGACCUUCCCCCUCUCCUACCCCAUCAGCAAGCUCCUCGACUGCAUCCUGGGCCAGGAGAUCGGCACCGUCUACAACCGCGAGAAGCUGGUGGAGAUGCUGAAGGUGACGGAGCCUUACAACGACCUGGUGAGGGAGGAGCUCAACAUGAUCCAGGGGGCCCUGGAGCUGCGCACCAAGACGGUGGAGGACGUGAUGACCCCCUUGCAGAACUGCUUCAUGAUCAGCAGCGAUGCCAUCCUGGACUUCAACACCAUGUCCGAGAUCAUGGAGAGCGGCUUCACUCGCAUCCCCGUCUACGAGGAGGAGCGCUCCAACAUCAUGGACAUCCUCUACGUCAAGGACCUGGCCUUUGUCGACCCCGACGACUGCACCCCCCUCAAAACCAUCACCAAGUUCUACAACCACCCUGUCCACGUCGUCUUCCACGACACCAAGCUGGAUGCCAUGCUGGAGGAGUUCAAAAAGGGCAAGUCCCACCUGGCCAUCGUGCAGAAGGUGAACAACGAGGGCGAGGGAGAUCCCUUCUACGAGGUGCUGGGGCUGGUGACCCUGGAGGAUGUCAUCGAGGAGAUCAUCAAGUCAGAGAUCCUGGAUGAGUCAGACACAUACACUGACAACCACAACAGGAAGAAGGUUGGCAACCAGAAGAGCAAGAGAGACUUCUCAGCCUUCAAGGACCCAAUCAAUGAGCUGAAGGUGAAGGUCUCCCCACAGCUGCUGCUGGCUGCCCACCGCUUCCUCUCCACAGAGGUGUCUCCCUUCACUCCCAACUUCAUCUCAGAGAAGAUCCUGCUGAGGCUGCUCAAGUACUCCGACGUCAUCCAGGAGCUGAAGUUCGAUGAUCAGAACAAGAGGUCCCCGCGGCACUUCCUCUACUGCAAGAACAAAGCUGCUGACUACUUCAUCCUCAUCCUGCAGGGCAAGGUGGAGGUGGAGGCUGGCAAGGAGUGCAUGAAGUUUGAAGCUGGAGCCUUCUCCUACUACGGGGUGAUGGCUCUUGGGCCCUGCCCUGCCACUGAGCCGCGCUCCCCGUCGCACGUCGGCAGCCUGAACCGCUCCGCCUCGCUCGGCCACCAGGAGCGCUCCGAGUCGGUGUCGUCCGCGGUCAGCGGCAGCAGCAAUCAGCUCAGCGCCGCCGCCGGCCACCAGUACGUGGCCGACUUCAGCGUCAGAGCCCUCACCGACCUGCAGUUCGUCAAGAUCACACGGCAGGAGUACCAGAACGGGCUGACGGCCUCCCGCAUGGACAGUUGCCCGCAGUCCCCCGACAGCAACACCCCCAGGGCGGAGCCGGCGGGGGCGGGGGAGAAAGCGGAGCCCUGCGCGGCUCCCGACGAGACCACAAGCCUGCUGAGCUCCAGGAACUGCCUGGGCCGCCGCCCCCCACACAGCCCCCUGGAGAACUCCAUCUGACCACGGCCCCCCACCCCUGCCGGGGCUCUCCUGGCCGUGCCCCUGCU